GGAGUAGUGACGAGAUAAGGUAAAUCUCAAGAUGAUUGUUAUCUCUUUGAAGACUGAAGUGCUGAAGCAAAUACAGUUCGCACAAUAAAUUGCCGUUGAUAAGACAUCAGAGAUGUUGCGGCAAUUAUUGCAGCUGGCGCUGCUUUGCUUUGCUAUACAAUCGGUGUGCGCUGAAACUGAUCCAAAGUACAGACUGAAUACAACAAUCACACCUUCGUCUUAUUCAGUACUCAUUACGCCUUAUUUUGAUACGGGUGAUGAUAGAGCAUUCACUUUCGAUGGAGAAGUUCAAAUAACGUUCACAACUUCCACAAAUAUAAACACAGUAAAAAUCCAUUCAGAGAACUUAACCUAUACAGCUUCAAAUAUAAGUUUAACGAAUGGGGUAAAUACUAUUAGUUUACUGGAAUCCAAUCCUCUGGAAUUUGAAGAGAAAUAUUCGUUCGCUCAUAUAAAUUUUGAGAGUGAACUCUCAUCUAGUGUAGAGUACAUAUUGAAAAUCGUAUUUAGUGGAUCUAUAAGAGAAGAUUUAGCCGGAUUCUAUAAGAACUACUACAUCGAAAAAGGUGUUAAAAAAUGGCUGGGCGCAACACAAUUUGAGUCAACAAAUGCUAGAAAAGUUUUUCCAUGUUUCGAUGAACCAGAAUAUAAGGCUGUAUUUACACUAACAAUCGACAGACCUGCAAAUUACAAGCCUACAUUAGCGAACACGAAACUUCAGAGUAAUGUAUCAUUAUCAAAUGGCUACGUCAGAGAAACAUUUUACCCGACACCAAAAAUGUCAACGUACUUAGUGGCAUUCCUAGUAUCAGAAUUUGAAGCUCAACAUUACAGUAGAAAUGGAACAAAGGAACUAGGAGUCUUCACCAGACCAGAAGCAAAAAACCAAACGGAUUAUACGUUUGAUUUUGCUCUACGUGUUGUGCAAGCGUUGGGUGACUACUUCGGAAUUGACUAUUACUCCACAAAUAGCAAUCUAAAACUCGAUCAUAUUGCGUUGAUAGAUUUCAAAGCAGGCGCUAUGGAGAAUUGGGGACUCGUAACAUACAGAGAAUCGUUAUUGUUAAACGUUCCGGAGGAGUCGACCCCGUACUACAAGUACAGAGUAGCACAGAUCAUAGCACACGAAACUACUCAUAUGUGGUUCGGUAACCUGGUGACAUGCCACUGGUGGAGCAACACGUGGUUGAACGAGGGUUUCGCUAAUUACUUCCAGGAUUAUAUUACGGCAAUGAUCGAACCCGACGUAGCAGCGAACGAUCAGCUUGUCAUCGGUUCAGUAUACUCAGCUCUAGAUGCCGACGACGUUCCUGAUUCACCUCCAAUCACCAACGUUAACGUGAACUCGCCUGACGAAAUCAGCGGCCAUUUUGGAACUAUCACAUAUCAGAAAGCAGGAUCCGUUAUUAGAAUGGUGCACCAUUUAAUUGGUGAUAAUGCUUUCAAAUCUGGCCUAAAUGCGUACUUGAUUGCAAACUCCUUCCAACCUGGCUACCCUGAACAACUCUACACGGCUCUCAGUCAAGGCGUAAAUGUCUACAACUCUUUAGCCAGUUAUCCUGGGUCUGAUAUUACUGACGUCAUGAGUUCAUGGAUAAGUCGCGCUGGCUAUCCUUUAGUGCAUGUGGAAGUAAAUCAUGAUGACUCAUCUAUUGUUUUAACUCAGAAACGCUUCUACAAACAUUCCACUGAUAAAUCUGAUGAAAUUUAUAAAAUCCCGAUUACAUACACACUAGAGACUGCAUUUGACUUUACGAAUACUAAGCCAGCAUUCAUCAUGGCUAAUAAAACAUACGUACUACCUGUCAGGGAAAUCAAGGAAAAUCAUAGCUGGCCGAUACUGAACAUUCAAGAAACAGGUCUUUACAGAGUUAAUUACGACAGCCACACCUGGCACCAUAUAUCUGAUCAUCUAAAAAGCAGUCGUCGUGAAGAAAUCCACUAUAUAAAUAGAGCUAAGAUUGUGAACGAUUUGUUUGCAUUCCUUUUCGCGGACGAGGUUAAGUUUGACCUUCUGCAUGACGUAUUGCACUUUUUGGAGGAAGAAACGGAUUAUGCGGUUUGGUUUGCAGCUGUCCGUGGAUUCAAAAAACUUAGAAGUCACUAUCUUGGUUCUGAUAGUUUGACUGUUAUCGAUGAAUUCAUUCUACAUCUAAUGGAUAGCAGUGUGGCCCGAUUGGGACUUGAAGUUAAGUCUACUGAUGAUUACAAAACAAGUAGGAAUCGUAUGCAAAUAUUAGACCUCGCUUGCAAACUGGGGCAUCAGGGAUGUAUCAGUGAGGCAUUGGCUUUGUAUAAAGAAUUUAAGAAUAAUGGUAAAUGGCUUGACCCAAGUAUAAGAGAAGUGGUCUAUUGCACUGGUCUCCGAUAUGGCAAUGGUGACGACUACGAUUUCCUCUGGAACCGAAUGUCCACUACAAAUGUAGCUAACGAGGCACGGCUGAUUGGCGAUAUCUUGGGAUGUACAUCGGAUGAAACUAAAUUGAACAGUUUCCUGGUAUCUAUGCUUGUUGAAGACGGUCCAAUAAAAACUCAAGAUCUCACCGUGCCCCUCUCAGGUGUCCUCUCAAACUACAGCAAUGUCCAUGUUGUUCUUGAGGGAUUACAGAUGAACAUUAGUCUUUGGAAGUCCAUAUACACAUCAUUAGACUCUGUACUCUCUACGGUUGCCUCGACUCUACGUACAGAUGAUGAAUUUAACAAAUUUGAAUCUUGGCUGAAUUCGUGUACCGAAUGUGGGGAAAAAGCAGUGACCAGUGCAAAGACAGCCUUAACCAAGGCCAAGCAAUUGACCCAGUGGGCCAAGGACCACCGUAGUGACAUCUGGAGCAGUCUUCGAGGCGGCGCGGGAAUGGCAUCUGUAUCGUUUAUGUUACUCGUCGCGGGAUAUACUUUGACCAUCGGAUUUUAAUAGAAUUAAAAAAACCGUUUAAGAAAUAAACCAGAGCAUAGUGAUAUAGGAAAAGACGAAGUAAUCCUGUACAAAAUCUAUUCUUAAUUUAAGUGUUUCAUCAUUGCAAGCGUUUAGGUGAUAAUGUAAUAAGUUUUUUGGAACAACGUUCCUUUGUUAUAUUAAUUGUUAUGUUAAUAUUAUUAAUUAAUUGUUAUUUGUUACAUUAGAAGCCUCUAUAGCUCAACGGUUAUAGGAGCGGACUGAAAUCCGAAAGGUCGGGCGGUUCAAUCCCCACCCGUUACACUAUUGGCGUAUUCACUCUUAACACAAGCUUUACGCACAGUUGGAGGGGAAAAGGGAAUGUUAGUCAUGAUUAAAAAUGGCUAACUUCUUUUUUUAAAAACCUUUUGUAAAAAACACCUUACAAAAAUAUACACACGUACAAUUAAUAUUAGGCAAAAUAAAUAUGGCCCGGUAUCCACUAAAGUGGAGACGAGCGUAAACAUAAUAUUUAACAGACCAAUCAGAUUACAGAUAAAAAAAAUAUCACGUCAUCUAUUAAUAAUCUGAUUGGGCGACUAAACGCUUCUGCUCAGUUUGGUUAAUGAUGUGUUUUGGUAUUCAAGAUUAUAAUUAUUUAGUUAAUUUCUUGCCACAUGGUGUUGAAUUUGUCGUUAAUAUUAAUUGAGUUAAUGUUCUGUUUUUCCACGGUAAAAGCCAGGUGUCUAGAUAGCCAUAAUUUUUGAUGAAGCAGUAUAAUUCGGUAAAAACAAGAUCAAGAUCAAACAAUAAUAAUAUAAAUAACGGUCGAAAUAAGGUAAUGAUCAAGCCUUUGUAAUCAAUCGAUAGAUUACUUAGCAACGUUAUUAUAUUUUAUCAAAAAUUGUAUAAUUUUUUUGACACAGAACAACGUACAGAAAUUAAAGAUAUACAAUAGACAAUAUGCAUUUUUUAGCAUUGGAAUAAAGCUGUGCCAACUUGCCAACUUUAUUUUUGAAGUUAGUAUAUAACAAUAUAUAUAUAUACAAAUAAUCAUUUUGAUAAUAUUAUAUAUUCCGAUUAUAUUAAAAAAUAUUUGUAAAGCAUUAAAUUAGGUACUUACUUUUAAGAAAAGGUGUAUAGAGAUCCCAUUCCACUUCAGUAAUAUAGUUUGUAAAUAAAUAAUUUCAUUGUUAUAAAAAUUGUUGGUGUUAAAAUAAUAAAGAAUUGUUAAGA